GUUCCGCUGAAAGCCCUGAAACCACACGAACACGCGGCUUUGCUUCGGUUUCGUUGCCCCUCCGCCGCCGCCGCCGCCGCCGCCACCCAUGGAGAUGGAGAUGGAGGACAACAAGGCGCCCUCGCCGCCAUCACCUAUGGAGUCCGACGUCGCUGGGGAGAAGCGCAAGAGGGAGGACGAUGCAUCCUCCUCCGCUGUACUUGCCGCCGCCAACAACACCGGCGGUGCCCAGCACCCCAUGUGGAAGACCAGCCUCUGCUCCUUCUUCCGCCGCCGCGCCGCCUCCUCCGCCGACGGCUGCAGCCACGGCGACUCCUGCCGCUACGCGCACUCCGAGGAGGAGCUCCGCCCGCGCCCCGACGGCACCUGGGACCCCACCUCCGACCGCGCCAAGAAGCUCCGCAAGGUCGCCGCCGACGAGGUGGAGGAAGAGGUGGUCACCAUUGACGACAAGGCCCUGGACAAGUGCCUCGUCGGCCUCCCGAGGGGAUGGGCCAACGACAGGCUCAAGACUUUCCUCCAAGACAAGGGAAUCUCGUAUGCAACAGCGAAGAAGAAGAAGGGAAUGACUGUUGGUUUUGUAACUUUUGAAAAUAUUGAACAGCUGAAGAAUGCUAUCGAGGUACUUACAGAGAACCAAUCUGGUGGAAAGGAAAUAAAGAUAGCAGAUGCCAAUCGUAGAUCUCAUCAAAAGCUGCACACAGAAAAGCCUGUAUCUGACAAUGGAGUGACAACAGAAAAUGGUACUAGUGUUGAUGUUCCUCCUGGGGAGACAUCUGCACCUGAAGCAGCAAUAUCAAAUAAAAAAAGUGUCCGCGAUGCAGUUACUCCCCUUGCCCACAUGUCUUAUAAUGAUCAGCUAGAGCACAAAAAGAAUUCUGUUGCGCAGAUACUGAAGAGGCUUACUCGCAAUGCUAGGAAAGCUUGCCCUACUGGCAUUCCCCUUCCAGAUUGGGUUUUUAAAUCCAAAGAAAUUGGUGGUCUUCCUUGCAAGCUUGAAGGCAUUCUGGAGUCCCCAGUGAUUAAUGGAUACCGUAACAAGUGUGAAUUCUCUGUGGGAUUUUCUUUGGAGGGAAAAAAGACGGUUGGAUUUAUGCUUGGAAAUUUUAGGGAAGGUGUGACUGCUGUUGAGGAACCUGUGGACUGCCCAAAUGUCUCAGAAAUUUCCUGCAAAUAUGCUCUGAUGUUCCAAGACUUUCUGCAGUCAUCAAGCUUGCCUGUGUGGAACAGAGUUGAUAAUUGUGGAUUUUGGCGUCAAUUCACAGUUCGGGAGGGAAGAUGUCAAGCUCAAGCUGUUGCACAGAAUGCAGAAAACCAAAUAUCAGAAGUCAUGCUUAUUGUUCAGGUUUGCUCCACAGGUGUUGAUGAUGCAGUAAUGAAAGAUGAAUUUGACAAGUUGACCGUUGCCCUGCAACAAGGAGCAGCAACAUGCUCACCUCCAUUACCUCUAACAACUAUAGUAGUGCAAGAUCACAAAGGAAUUUCAAAUGCUGCACCAGCUGAUUGUCCAUUGAUCCCACUAUUGGUGCCAAAAGUAGAUCAAUCAGAAGGUACAGUGGAUAAAACAAGAAUCCAUGACCACAUCGGUAAUCUGUGGUUCUCCAUAUCACCAACAGCAUUUUUUCAGGUCAAUACUCUCGCUGCAGAAAGAUUGUAUACCCUUGCUGGUGAUUGGGCCAACCUCAAUUCGGGCACAUUACUUUUUGACGUAUGUUGUGGAACAGGAACAAUUGGACUGACCUUGGCACACCGUGUUGGAAUGGUUGUUGGAAUCGAAAUGAAUGAAUCAGCAGUUUCUGAUGCUGAGAGAAAUGCGCUCAUUAACGGUGUAUCAAAUUGUCGCUUUGUCUGUGGGAAGGCCGAAGAUGUGAUGGGGUCUCUUCUCACUGAAUAUCUUGGUUCACCGCAGCAGGACAUUCCUGUUUCUGAAGGUGCAGUAAGUGGUACUGUGAAAGAUGAGGAAGUUAUUGACAGUUCUAAGAAUAGUGGCGAAAAUUUGGACAGCUCAAUGCAGAAAAAUGACAAUGGCGAAAGCCAGCAGCUCGGGGAUGCACCAGCUGAUUCUUCCUCUUCUGCCAUAGAUGAGAUAAAGGGGAAUUCCAAUGAUAGGGUUGGCAAUGGGUUGGAAGGCAGCCAUGAUGAAUACAAUGAGGUUGCUGGAGAAGAUAUUCAUGGGGAAGCAUCAUUGAUCAAUGAGUCUGUUGACCUGAAAGUAUCGGACUGUUUGGAGGACAGAAAGACAUCUGAUGAUGGUUCUUCCAUUUCUAACAAUGAUGUGACUGCAGCUACUGCAUGUCAGUUCGAAGACAUUGUUGCUAUUGUGGAUCCUCCUCGUGUUGGGCUUCACCCUACUGUGAUCAAGGCAUUGAGGACUCAUCCACGAAUUCGACGUCUAGUGUACAUUUCCUGCAAUCCAGAUAGUCUAGUUGCCAAUGCGAUUGAGCUGUGUACCCCAUCAUCUGAGAAACAGGAAAAGAACAAAGGAAACCGGGGAUGGCGAACCAUGAGCAGCGCUGGCCUCGCGAGGCAGCGUACAAAGUCGAUGCCCAACUCUGAGCCAUUUGUUCCCAAGAGAGCCAUGGCUGUUGAUUUGUUCCCCCACACCUCGCAUUGUGAGAUGGUUAUGCUUUUCGAGAGGUGAACAAGUAGCCGGCUCAUCGAAUUCUUUCUAGAGAUUUUUGAUCUUUGUUGAAAUUUUCAUCAUGUUGUAUGAUGCAUUACAAGACCCAGAAGCCAUGACAAUUGAUUGUUGCUGCUGGCCUGGAACAUCAAUUUUUCAUGUUAAAUGAAUUGCACUCAAAAAGGACCACAACCACAAAGCAGGCACACUGGAAGCUGAAACUUAACAUGUGACAUGCAUCUGUCUUAUUUUUAGGUAAACCCCAAAAGAGGACAGGGAGUUGCUGUUUUCAUUUAAGAAGAAGAGAGUGACCCGCAUCUGUCAUAACUAGAGCUUUGAUGUAUUGGCAAUCUUGUCAGGGAAAAACCGUACUUUGGUACAGGAUCCAGUGUUUGCCCCAUCCAUGGCAAACAACAGUGCUGGUAGUACUAAUAUUUGUGCUCAGAUUGUAAUAUUGUCAAUAGGGGGAAAAAAAGAGGUUCAGUUCCUUGCUA